AUGCAAAAUGGGAUUAACCGACAACAUUCUUUGAAGGAGAAGUUCAAAUCUUCCCUAUGCUGUUUUCCGGGAAUCGUGCAUCACGAUUCCCUAGACCAUGGAGAAGGGUUUUUCAACAAACUACGCAUUCCUAGGACGCCGAUUUCUCCUGCUGGGUCCACGUCAUCCUUCUCGUGGUUGAAGCUACGGUCACCCACAAGCACCGAGUUAGGAAAUGACCCGCAGACACGUAUCAGGGGACGGAGCCUGAAGUCCCGCAUGGGUCGCAAGCUCCUCCAUCACCGUCAGUCACAGUCGGCAGACUUUAGCUACGACCCUUCGAGCUACGCCCUCAACUUCGAGAACGAAAGCCCCGAAGAGUUUCCCUUCAGAAACUUUAGCUCCCGGUUGCCGCCGUCGCCGCCGGUGGAGUAUUCCGGCAACUGA